UACAGACUAUAUUUUGUGACGAGCUUUAAGCUGUAAAAAAAUGAACAUGUACUGUAUGCUGUUUUAUAAUUAUUUUACUCUAGUUGAUCUUUGAGCUCUAGGAAUGCGCGAUAUUCCUUAAUCACUCCAUUACUAUAUAACGCGUGUAUUAUAAAAUAUCGAGGUUUUCUGUGCGUUUGAAUCAGUAUGGAGAGAUUUGAGCUUCACAUCUUCACAGCUCUGUGCAGCAUAAACAUCCUAAUAUCAUGCCUUUUGUUCUCCAAAAUCACACGGGAACAGAGGGAUCCUUACAUGGAUGAGUUAUUCCAUGUCCCUCAAGCUCAGAAGUACUGCGAAGGGAAGUUUAAUGAGUGGGAUCCGAUGAUUACCACUCUCCCUGGUCUCUAUUUGGCAUCAGUGGGUCUGAUCAAGCCUGUGAUGUGGCUGUUUGAUCUAAAGGGCAAAAUUGUCUGCUCCACUGCCAUGCUGCGAUUUAUCAAUCUACUUUUCAACACUGGGAAUCUAUAUAUCAUCUAUCUGAUCAUCUGCAGACUGCACCCUAAGUCCCAAUUUGCAGCCCGCAGAAUGUUGUCCUCCCUGACUCUGUCCACAUUUCCUGUGCUCUACUUCUACACGUUCCUGUACUACACUGACUCAGGUUCUACAUUCUUCACUCUGUUCAUGUACCUCAUGGCACUGUACGGAUGCCAUAAAACAGCAGCGCUGCUUGGCAUUUGCGCCAUCCUCUUUCGCCAAACCAACAUAAUCUGGGUGGCGUUCUGCGCUGGCACUGUGGUGGCACAAAAACUGGACGAAAGCUGGCGGACUGAACUGUCAAAGAAGCGAGAUGAGAAAUCGCUCUCCCAGGUCCCUCUGACCAUCAGUGGGUUAAUGAGAGUUAUACGUUUUCUGUUGGACUUCGUUAGAACAGCUAACAAUAUCAAAUAUGUGGUCUUAUCGACAUGGCCAUAUAUGGUCCUAGCUUCUGGUUUUCUGUUUUUUAUAGUGUUGAACAAUGGCAUUGUGGUCGGUGAUCGAAGCAGUCAUGAAGCUUGUCUGAACUUUCCGCAGAUUUUCUACUUCUUGUCAUUUACACUCAUAUUCUCUCUCCCAACCUCCCUGAGUUACCAAAGAGUGGUCAAGUUUUUCCAGUCCUUGCGCAAGCAACCCUUAACUUAUCUCAUACUUAUGAUCAUCUUCUUGGUUUUGAUUUGGAAAUUCACAUUUGUUCACAAAUACCUUCUUGCAGACAACAGACAUUAUCCGUUUUAUGUAUGGAAAAGGAUUUUCCAGAGACAGGACCUUGUGCGUUUCCUGCUGAUCCCUGGAUAUGUCUUUGCAAUGUGGAACUUUCUUGAUACUUUAAAACACAAGUCAUUGUUUUGGUAUCUGGCAUUCUGCGUGUGUCUGGUGCUGGCCACCAUUCCACAGAAACUUUUGGAGUUUCGAUACUUUAUUUUACCCUAUCUGUUAUACCGCAUACAUGUCCCUCUACCGUCUCUGCUCAGACUCAUGCUUGAAUUCGGCCUUUACACAGUAGUUAAUGCAGCUGCACUAUAUAUAUUUCUAUACAAAACAUUCAAGUGGCCUGACAGUAACGAUGCACAGAGAUUCAUGUGGUGACUUAACUGCAAGAAUUAAAUCUGUUUUUUUCUUCUAUUUUGUGUCAACAAAUGGGAGUGUUUCGCCCAUUACACCAAAAAAAUAUUCAGAUUAUAAUGUGAGUACUGCUGAUCAUUAUAUUUAUUUGUUGUUUUGUUCUUUUAAUUUUUCCAUUUAAUUUCUCUAUUUUAGUUUAUAUACUUUUGUGUGUGUUAACAGAAUAUGGCUUAGCUAUUGACCAACCCAUUUAUUUAAUAUUGAAUUUUGUCAUAUUAAGUACAAACAGUGUUUUCAUAAGCCAUGUUCUAGCCAAUUGUGUUUUGUAGUUUAUAUAAUGAAUCUUUACAAUCUUUGUGAUAUUUUUGUAUUUCCUUUUUGUUCAAAAUUACUCCUUUUAGCACUCUCUGUUGGUUAAUUGCAAUAGACCGCUUUCUCAUGUAUUUUUUCCACACUGUAUUUGAUUUCUGUCUGUAUUUUUCACAUUCUUGUUGGUCUUUUUAUUGUUGUUUCUUUUAAGAUAUUAAAAAGCUUU